AUUCACUUCCAUUUAAGUUCUGCAUUCGAGCUGUUGCUAUUUUGAGCUGUGCUUAGCUGAGAAGAAAGUUCCAAUCUAUAGGAAGUGUCCUUACCGUGGGGAUGUGGUGGCCCUUGUUGUUAGCGUACCUUUUGGCAGCCGUAGUUUUAAUAUAUUCUUACGUUCAAUGGACUCGAAGAAAAAUGUAUGCCAUGUUGGCCAGUAUGUCCAGUCCCAAAACAUUGCCGGUGAUUGGUCAUGCUUACAAGUUCUUCAAUGUUAGUCCAGAGGCACUUGCCAAAACUAUACGGUAUUUCAGAAGAUUUCCUUCUCCGGUUUGCUUACACAUGGGACCAUUGCCUCAUGUGGUCGUUUUCGACCCCGAAUCGAUACAGGUCGUCCUUAACUCUCAACAUUGUCUUCAAAAACCGCACCAAUAUUCAUUUCUUUGGAUUCCCAGAACAUUGAUGUGUGCCCCUGUUCACAUGUGGAAAACACAAAGAAAAGCUUUCAAUCCCGCAUUUGGACCAGCUAUUCUUGGAAGUUUUGUUCCGGUUUUCAACGAAAAAUGUGCCAUUCUUAUGGAAAUUCUUGAGCAACACGUUGGCAAGCCGCAAAGGGAUUUUACUCGGGAUAUUCUAAAAUGUACUCUGGAUCAAAUUUACGUGACCGCCUUCGAAUGUGAAUUCAAUAUGCAGUUGUCACCGGAUGGAGAUAAAUCCAUGGAUUUAUUUGAAAGUUAUGUGGGGUUUGUCACCAAGCGAUUUUUCUCAGUAUGGAAGUAUCCAGAUUUCAUAUACCGCUGGACAAAAGCGUACAGAAAACAAAUGCUGUGUUGUACCACAUAUUUUAACGAAGUACUGGAGAAAAUCGUGCGUCAUGUCGAUAUUGAUAGAAGAGUCAACGAUCUGUGUGGAGAGCAAAGUGUCGAAAAAUAUCACAACUUCGUUUAUUGUCUUUCAAAAUACUUACAAGCACAAGGACCUAUCCCCAGAGAGGACAUUUUAGCUCAUUUCGGUUUUAUGAUUUUCGCCGGUAAUGAAACAACGGCGAAAACGAUCAAUGCCGUUUUGCUCAUGCUCGCAAUGCAUCCCGAAAUACAAGAGCGUUGUUUUCUGGAAGUAGCAGCUGUCUGCCCUAUUGAAAAUCAAUAUAUUUCGGCUGAAGAUGUUUCAAACCUGACUUAUCUGGAAAUGGUAUGCAAGGAAACGAUGAGGCUCUUUCCCGUUGCUGCAAUGUUGGCACGAGUAGCAACCAGUGACGUCAAACUCAACGAUCGUCAAACAAUUCCGGCAAACACGAGAAUCAUAAUAGGAACCUACCAAAUCCAUCGUGAUCCAAAAAUCUGGGGACCAAAUUCAAACCGGUUCGAUCCCGACCACUUUCUACCGGAUAAUGUCGCCAAACGGCAUCCGUACUCGUACAUUCCCUUCAGUGGUGGACCACGGAACUGCCUUGGACCGCGUUUUGCAUGGUUAUCCAUGAAAACUAUAAUUGCAUUUAUUUUGAGACAAUAUCGCUUGAACACUUCUCUCAAGUUCGACCAGCUGAAGGUGGCGUAUGGAGUGCUGUUGACCAUUGCCAAUGGGUGUCCAAUGACGAUAGAAAAAAGAUAGGAAAAUUUGUUUGAAGUUCGAUCUGUUUCAUGUGAUUAAUAAACUACUAUUCGAUUCAAAGAAAAGCAUCAGGACACUAAAAA